ACGACACCAUUGCCCUAUCUCACCCUUUCUCUUCGUCUCCGACCCGUCAUCAGCGAUCCCUCACAAGUCCACAUGUUGCAAGACCGAACGACAACGACCGCCCGACGACCCAGGCACCACGUCGCCUUGUGAGAGAGCGAACUGAAGCUGCUGCCGAACAUCCCGUCAACCAACAAUCUCUUCGACCCGAUACCCCUGAAUCAACAACCAAUAUUCAAAAAUGAACGCCCUUCAAGACAAAUGCCGGCCCAAGCACCAGGUCCUAGUCCUCAAGUGCUACCCUCGGACCAUUAAGGGCGCCGUCGAUGUGAAGCCCAAUUCGAGCGAGCUGAGCUACCUCCUGUUCUACUGCCAGUCGCGCCGCGCAAAAAUCCAGAAAGUCGGCAGCUUCCUCGAGAAGAAGACUGCCAGUGACGUCUACCGCCAGAGGAUAGGUAACGUCCAGGUUACCCUUCAGAUCCUCGCCGCCCUGAUCGAAAAGUCUCCCAAGGACCUCCCCCUGUUCGCAUCAUGUGUCCUCAGCAUCCUCGAACAGGUCCUCAAGUCGAGCGACAUCACCAUGGUCGAGUCUUCGAUCCCGACCUUCCAGGCCUUUUGCGAGCACCAUGACCCUACCUCGCUCGCCGCCGACCAGGCCUACUUCCGCCAAUACGUCUCUGUCGUCCAGCAGUACGCCUCUCUCGCCUCGACACGUCCCGCGGCUGGAACGGCACAGCAUAGUAAGCCUAUCGCUCUGCGGUGGAGGAACGCCGGUUUGGAGGCCAUUAGGAGUGUCGCCUCCUCCGACGCCCUGUCUUCCAUGGUUGCCCGCCAGUACGAUAUCAUCGUCCCCAUGAUUCUGGAAAACCUGUGGACGGAAAACGAAGACUUCCUCGACACUUUGCUGCAGAGAGCCGAAGGGGAAGACAAGGUCGAGGAUGCGCCGCUGCUGCGGAGGAGGACGAGCAAUGCCACGGCCCAGGCAUCUGAGACGAACGGCGGUGAGCCGGGCCCCAACCCCAUCGCUUUCCUGGGCACCGCGGUGGAUGUCGACAAGCUGGCGGAAGAAGAUAUCGGCGUCUUGGCCAUGCAGUGCUUGCGACAGGUUUUUGUUGCGCCCAGCCGAUCUCAGACGCACAACCCUACCAUUGCUCUGCUCAGGUUCAUCGAAGAGCGAGUGGACCAGAACGAACAAGUUAUCAAGAAGGAUGCGCAUGGGAAGGACAACGGGUGGGCUGUCAAAGUGUUUCUGAUGGCGGCUCGGUGGGCUCCAGUGGCGGACAGAUUCACUAUUCUCCUCACAGCCAUCGAGGUGCUUGCGCAACGACCCCUGACCGACGACAAUCUGCGACACCACAACAUCCAGGUGGCCAUGAUCAGUGCUCUAUUGCGCUCCGACGUCAACCUAAUCGGCUUGAGCGUCAUGGACGUCCUUCUCAACCUUCUUGGCCAUAUGCAGAGGCUCGUUCAGAUGCCAGGGGACCCAGAUAGUAUGAGGGUCGAUGAAGAGGUGAUUUGCACCAACGAGGGGGCUAUAGGACAGCGCAGAGAGUUGCUGUUCAGGCUGCACCUGUGUAUUGGCGACUUGGCUACCCACGUCUACUACGCCGACCAGAUCUCGGACAUGAUCCAGACGAUUUUGCUUAAGCUACAACCGUCCAAGUCGGCCAGCCCCCCUAACUCCUCGCCAAACGGAGAGAGGUCGGAGAACGGUGCCGCUGAGGACCAACCCCUCGAGUCUCUUUUCGCUCUCACUGUCGCCAAGAUCGCGGCGCUUAGAGCCAUCAAGGCGAUUCUUCUGGUUGCCAACCCCCGCACAAAGAUGAGCGGCGGCAACAUCAACCUCUCCAGAAACCGCGUUCCCAUCCAGACUUGGGAUGGUACUCAAUGGCUUCUGCGGGAUCCUGAUGGCCUCGUGCGCAAAGCAUAUGUGGAUGCUGUCGUGACAUGGUUGGAUCGGGAAACCACACCGGCUGAUUCUUUGGCAAGGGAUGAAUCUGCCAAGGCAACGUUGAAGAACCGGGCUGUCCAGGAGGCCAAUCUUGCUCGCCGGGUGGUCUCGAGCGCAUCUGCUCGCGUGGACAGGUCUGCAAAGGUGCCGCGCUCGCAUUUCUUGCAGCUCCUUCACCUUGCCAUCUACGACCACGCUUUGCAGUUUGUUGACUACGAGAAUGACCUGGUGCUGCUCCACGUGCUUUUGGCCAAGCUCGUGAGUCAGCUUGGUGUCAAUGCUGCCAAGUUUGGUAUUCCCAUGGUUUUCAGACUCCAAGAGGAUAUCCAAGAGGUUGAGACGCCCCUUGGCAAGGUCCGCAUUGGCAGUUUGGUACAUGGCUACCUCUGGACAUUGACCGAGAAGUUCGAUUGCGAAGGAACCGCUCCGGGGAGGGCGAUCCAUGGCGAGAUCAUCAGGCGCCGUAGCAAGAACUUUUGGGUCGAGGGUAUCAACAUUCCCGCUCCUACCCUUGAUCUGGUGGGCACACCAGGUCAGGCACGCCCACCACCAAAGAUGAACAUCCAGGAUCUCGAGUCCGAGGCCCUUUUGCCGUUCGAUGAGCGCGCAAUCCUGGUGGACUGCAUCUGCACAGGCUAUCAGGAACUGGCAACCUCCCCUCCUACAAGCCCGACCGCUAGUCCCAGUCGGAACUUCACCCACCCCAUCCUCGGAUCGACCUUGAGCACGAUCCCUAAGGCCGAGACCCAGCGGGAACUCCCACCACAGUUCCGCGAGCUGAUGCUCGGCGACUGGACACGCGAAGCAGUCCUCGCCAACGCGCAAGCAGGCAGCAGCAAGACUGCUUCGCUCAACGGCUCGCGAUCCGGCACAACCGGUACUCACCGGAACACCGUCAACAACAACAACAACAACAACAACAACAACAACAACAACCGCCUGGGAGUCAACGGCGUGACCUCACCAUACGCCAGCAACUCCAACCUCCGCCCUUCGUCUUCCCCAGCAGGCGCCAACGGCGUCCAAGUAGGCCGGACGCGCAAGACCAGCAUCCGCAGCAACGCCGGCGGCUCACCCGCCCACUCCACGUACAGGGCCAAGGUCCAACAACCGGUCACGUCCGUGGAGCAGCUGAAGGCCGUCCUGUCCGGCCACCUCCAGCCCCCGCCGACCUCGCACGGCAUCGGAUUCCAGCACUCUGAUGAUAGCGACGAUAGCCUCGUCAGCUAUGACGCGCCCAGCGAGCUGUCCUUCAACCCAGCCGCUGCCGGUGGCGGGCAGGGCUCCCCUGACAAUACCAGCCAGGUUGCUUCUAGCCCGCCACGCCGCACAUCCCAGGAUCGCAAUCAGCAGCUGAAGUUUGGAGGGCCUCUGGUACCAGGGGACAAUGCCGUAAACGGUGAAGAGAAACCUGCUACCACCGCCGGUGACGACGUCGUCCCCAACGGCGCCGCCGCUAACCUCGGAGUCCCCGUCUCGCGAACUACUUCCCGAACUCAACACCAGGCUGCUGCGCACACCCUUCCCCGGCCACCCACUUCCUCCAAGAGAAGCAUCAAGAGCCGGGCGGGCUCUCGCGCGGGACCCAUGUCCUCGUCGUGGCUGGGGGAGAAGCCACCCGCUAUGGACCUGGCGGCGCUGUUGAAGGGGAUUGAUAGUGCGGUGGGGAAGCCACCUUACUAAAUGGUGGACUUUCUCAUGAUGUUAUUAGGGAAGAAAAUUCUUAUUGGGGGAACGUGGUGUUUUUUUUUUCGAGAGAGAUUAUUUAUAGACUAACUUUUACUUUCACACUUAUCUAAAUUUGAUAAUGGGG